UUCACAUGAGCCAUUCAGCCAAAGAAAGUCUACAAAGUUUCUCUGGAUACCACAUAGAGUACCGGGGAGAAAUCGAGGUCAAGGGCAAAGGCAAGAUGCAGACCUACUUCCUCACAGGAAGUGACAACUUCUACAAGAUUCUUCCCAACCCUGAUAUCUACACAGAACAUUCCCCUAAGAUGGCCACACGAAAUGUAACAUCCGUUCCCAAUGUCGAAAACUUGAGAGAUUCAUCCCCAACAGAUACGUCCCAACUAAAGGUCUCAGAGAGUUUUUUGCUAACCAAGCCAGAGCUGGCGCUCAUCCAGGACAUAAAGACGUACAGGGCGAAACUCCGUCGUUCAGACAGCGUGAGAAGCAGAGAGAACAUUUACUCACGGCAGUCGUUCACAGAACACUUCAGGAGACGAUGCAGUGCCGAUGAGGGCGAGAGGCCAUACCGCGUCAAUGUCAUUUCCGGGUCUGAGCUGACAUCAGAUCACCGGUCCGGGGACUGUUCUGACGUCAUUGAAACCACUCUCGAGGGCCGUGGUGAGACGAACUCUUCUUCAAAACCUAAUUCUUUAGAAGGCAGUGGCCUUGAAAAGUCGCGUGAGGCAUUGGGAACAAAAGAAAGAAAAGGGCAAGGUCAAACGUCUGACCUCGACGACCAUAGAACCGUGACGGGCAAAGACGCACACAGUUUGGAAUCGCCCCAUCUCCCUGCUUUAAACCCAGACGAAAGUAUAUCCAACGGACAAAUCAUUAAAUCGUGUUUAAAGACGGGCAAACACGAAAAUGCCCGAAUCGGCCGAAUAGACCGGAGGCUGUCGG